ACUCUAACAGAACAUUUCCCUCAAACACCUUCUUUUAGGAGCCCAUCUGAAGAAGUUUCGAGGGAAUCUCCCCCUCAAGUCCUACCACCCCCUUCCCCCAAAAUUGGCCGCUCUACUGCCUCUCCUUUGCUCAGCCGUUCUGGUUCGGCCCCUGCCACGCCCCUAGCCCCACGCAAGAAAGUUGUCAUACCAACUGAAUACCAAGACACAGUACCAGGAGAGUUUGAGGAGAAGAUUAAGCAACCCAAAUCCUCAGGCAUGUCUCAGAGUAGUGCUCAAGACUCUCGACCGCAAACCCCCGUCAGCGAGUAUUCCCGCAAGGAACUUACACCUCGGCCCUCACCAAAACUGACGAGAGCUAGCUCCAAGAUCUUUGAGAAGGUGCGAGUUUUUGAAGAGCGCAGAAGAAGUAUCGAUAACCCAGAGGGGUCUAUAUCCGGACGUUCUUGGGCUGGAUUUAAUAGAGCCUCGUCCAUUGACUCUGAUGAAGGAGGGAGCCGGUUGGGGAUCUCGAGGGAGAGCUCCAAAGAAGACCUACGUGAGGCUCUGAAGGCAGAUGCAGCCCAGAGAAGGACUAUGUUCAAACAGCGGGCUACUUCCCUGGAGGACAGACCCCGUUACUCCCAGAAGGUGCUGGACAUUGAGAACAAGUUCACAGAGGAGCUCCAGCGCAUCAAAAAACUUGUCGGUAAACCACAUAUGAAGAAAUCCUUCUCAACAGACCAGCUCUCUACUUUUCACAGGAGCAGGCAGCCUAUAGAGAAGGUAGACCCCCUCCCACCUCAGGUUCUUCAAAAACUGCAGGAUAGAGAGCGUGCUCAGCGAGAGCAAGAGAUGAGAGAGAGAGAGCAAGCCAAAGAAAGAUCACCUCCGAAAUCACCGUCUCGCAGACGAAAAGAUCAACUGGCACAACAACCACUGGAAAAAGUUGAAAGUGAUCUGCUUGUCCCAUCCAACAAGAUGGUAAGCACAUUUGGGCAUGAACCAUCCCCACCAGAGGCCAUGUCACUUUCUGAUUUACCCGGGCAAAGAUCUCCAAGACUGCGCGGCCCGAGCCCAAGUAGAGAUAGUCCUCGGAGGUCUCCAACUGUAGAGACUCCAACUGCCAUGGCUGAAGAGCGCUCUCGAGGAAGAGCUGAAUCUCCAUCCAGAAAUGUCUUGGAGAUGACAUUACGCAAAUUGGAACCAAGACCUGCAAGUCCACUGGUAAAACGUGUUGUUCGUGUUCAGGAAGUUCCUCAACCAGACAAUGAGUCCAUGCAUAGGAAGACACCAAUAGAAGUCACCCUGAGAAAACUGGAAAGAAGGCCUGAAAGUCCUCUGGUGCAAGGAGAAACUGUAGCCAUUCAAGAAUGCCCUGUUCAAGCUCCUGCCAAACCUCCAAGAGUUUCCUCAUCUGAGGAAAGGAUGGAGCUGGAUGUGACUCCUCUUCCAUUGGCACCAAAGCUCACCAUACCAAAAAUUAUUAUUGAAGAGGAGCCAAUGGAGACAGAUACACCUCCAGAAAAGGCUGUUAAAAGUGGCACUGGUAAAGAGGAAAGACCCCAAAGAAGCAGAGCAAGAGGACACAGACAGAGGCCAAUGUCCCCUGAAUUAGAAUCUUCGGAUGACUCGUAUGUGUCUGCAGGAGAGGAUCCUUUAGAGGCUCCUGUGUUUGAGUUUCCACUUCAGGACACUGUGGCCUCCACUGGAACAGAGGUUCUUUUGAAAUGCAUCAUCAGUGGCACCCCUCUCCCCGAAGUAACAUGGAAGAGAGACAACAUUGAGAUCAAGAACAGCCCAACCCAUGUUGUAAAGGUAGAGGGAGAAAGGCACUCAUUGCUCAUCAAAUGGACAAAGCCAAGUGAUGCAGGAACAUAUACAGUUACCGCUACCAACGAGGUGGGCGAGGUGUCCAGCAGCGCUACUCUUUUCAUCAAACCAGAUCCCAGUCAGGACCAGCGUGGGAACCUUGGUGUACCCAUGGACAUCAGCAGUCCCAUCACAUCUGAUGAGGAGUAUCUCAGUCCUCUUGAGGAGGGGAUGGAUUUCUCCUCCUACAGAGGACCUGAGCCUAGGAAGAUCGUGGACACUCGAUUCAAGGAGCCUCCAGCCUUUCAGGUUGUUAUUGGAGAGCAAACAGUUAUAGAAGGUCAAGAGGUGACCAUGUCUGUUCGAGUGAGUGGACAGCCAAAACCCAUGCUUUAUUGGCUGAGAGACAGAGUGACCAUUAAAACGGGUCCACGGCAUAUCGUCCGUGGGACAGAGGAGGGCAACUUUGAGAUGGUAAUUAAAUCAGCACAGAAGUCAGACACCGGAGUUUACACCUGCAAGAUCAUCAACGAGUAUGGAACGAAGCAGUGUGAGGGCAAACUGGAGGUGAAAGCUCGUCCAGUAGAGCCAGGCCUGGCCAUCAUUCGGCCAGUGAGGGAUGUAAUGGUGAAGGCAGGAGAGACUGCCCUGUUCGAGUGUCAUGUGAUCGGCCCGCAGGACACAGAUGUUGAUUGGCUGUCAGAUGGGAAACUUAUCCAGCCAGCUCUGUUGAACUGUAAGAUGCACUUUGACGGGAAAAGGUGCAGGCUGCUGCUUAACUCUGUACAUGAAGAUGACAGUGGAACGUACACCUGCAAACUGAGCACAGCUAAAGAGGAGCUGACCUCUAGUGCCAAGCUAAAGGUUAUAGCAUCCAUAGAGCCCCUCUUCACCCGACAGCUGGAUGUACUGGAAGUUAUCGAGGGUCGUAAUGCUCGAUUUGACUGUAAGGUGAGCGGGACGCCACCUCCUCGGGUCACCUGGAGCCACUUUGAUCAUCCUCUGGAGGAAAGCGAUGACAUUCGGAUCUUAAAAGAAGGAGGACGGCACUCGUUAAUCAUCUCUCAUGUUAGUAAUGAAGAUGAGGGCCUCUAUACAGUAGUAGCGCAUAACUCAUAUGGGGAGGCAGAAUGUGCAGCAGAGCUGUAUGUGCAGGAGCCUAGACCGGCAAUAUCCUCUCAAAUAGCAAAGCUGGAAAAAAUGCCCUCCAUUCCCGAGGAGCCCGAAGUGCCUGAGAAUGAGGUGGAACGUUUCACCAUGCCUGAUUUUGUCAAGCCGCUCUAUGAUCUGGAUGUAGUCGAGGGCAGAGAGGCUGUGCUCAGGUGCAAAGUGGCUGGCUUGCCGUACCCGACCAUAAUCUGGUUUCACAAUGGCAAGAGAAUUGAUAGCACUGAGGACAGAAAAAUGACACAGUUCAGAGAUGUUCACAGCCUGGUGGUCCGCUCUGUUUGUCAUGCACACGGAGGAGUUUACAAGUGUGUCAUAUCCAAUAAGGUGGGCAAGGCAACAUGCUAUGCUCAUCUUUAUGUGACAGACAUCCUUCCUGACCCACCAGAUGGGGCCCCAGUCAUUGAGUCCAUCACUGGCAAGACUAUCACGCUAAGCUGGAAGAAACCCAGAAGACUGGAUUCGUCCAUUGAUCCUAGCUCCCUGAUGUAUGCUGUUCAGCAGCAGGCCCUGGGGUCGAUCCAGUGGACCAUCAUCGCCUCUUGCCUGAAACAGACCACCUAUACUAUCACCAAUCUGUCUAAAAGUGUCCGCUACACCUUCAGGGUGCUAUCAAUCACCAGCAAGGCCUUUAGCAAGCCGUCGCCUGCUACCGAGCCAGUGCAGCUGCUAGACAGAGGUCCGUACAUCCAGGAGGCUCCUGUAAUCACUGACAAGCCGGACAUUGUGUAUUUGGUGGAAAAGCAGCCCUUAAGCAUCACUGUCACUCUCAACCAUGUCAAUGCAUCGGUCACAUGGAAGAGAGGGGGAGUGACAUUGUCUAACAGACCGGGUCUGUAUGAGUUGAGCAUGCCUGAUGAUGACCAGCACACACUGAAGCUGUACAAGGUAAAGAGCAGUGAUGCUGGUCAGCUCACUUGCGUCGCCAGCAACAAGUAUGGCAGCGACUCCUGCAUCCUAACCCUGGAAAUGGCAGUGGCACCAACUUUUGAGUCCAUCAUGGAAGACCUGGAUGUGAAUGUAGGCGAGACUCCUCGUUUUGCGGUGGUGGUUGAAGGAAAGCCUGUCCCAGACAUCCUUUGGUACAAGGGAGACACCCUGCUGUCCGAAAGCAGCCAUUUCACAUUUGUGUACGAUGACAAUGAAUGUUCUCUAGUGGUGCUUAACACUCAAGCAGAUGACUCAGGGGUGUACACCUGCACUGCUAAGAAUCUGGCCGGUUCCGUGUCCUGCAAGGCCGAGCUGACCGUCCACACCGUCAAGGUGGUGAAAGAUGACACGAUGGAGGAUGAGGCGUCCAUCCUAAGGAAGAUGCGGAGACUCACUGAUUACUAUGACGUGCACAAGGAAAUUGGGAGAGGGGCGUUCUCAUAUGUGAAGCGGGUGAUACAGAAGGCGGGAAAGAUUGAAUAUGCAGCCAAGUUUAUUUCCGCUCGUGCUAAACGGAAGGAAUCCACUCUGAGAGAGCUGAACAUCCUGUCUCAUCUAGACCAUGAGAGGAUCCUUUACUUUCACGAUGCCUUCGAGAAGAAGAAUGCAGUUAUCAUCAUUACAGAGCUAUGCCAUGAGGAGCUUCUCGAAAGGCUUACAAAGAAAUCAACAGUAAUGGAGUCAGAGAUCCGAUCCAGCGUGAGGCAGCUGUUGGAGGGUCUUAGCUAUCUUCAUCAGCUUGACAUAGUUCAUCUAGACAUCAAGCCUGAUAACAUCCUUAUGGCAGACCCUACCAGUGAUCAGAUCCGCAUAUGUGAUUUUGGAAAUGCUGUAAAGUUCACCCCUGAUGAGGCACAGUACUGCAAAUAUGGCACUCCAGAAUUUGUCGCCCCAGAGAUUGUUAACCAGACACCCGUCUCCAAGGCAACGGACAUCUGGCCUAUUGGAGUUCUAACAUACUUAUGUCUCACUGGAGUUUCUCCUUUUGCUGGAGAAAAUGACCGCAGCUCUGUUCUCAACAUCAGAAACUAUAACGUGGCUUUUGAAGAAAGCAUGUUUACCGACCUCUGCCAUGAAGCCAAAGGAUUCGUCAUCAAACUGCUGGUGGCUGAUAGAUUGAGACCCGAUGCUAAUGAAUGUCUUCGGCACCCCUGGUUCAAGACCUUGAAUAAGGGCAAGAGCAUCAGCACAGAGCACCUUAAAAAGUUUUUGUCUAGAAGAAAAUGGCAGCGAUCUCUUAUCAGCUAUAAAUCUAAGAUGGUGAUGAGGUCUAUACCCGAGUUACUGGAUGACUCCUCCAGCCAUAUUUCCAUUGCUGUUCCACGACAUCUGAAACAAAGCUCACCACCACCUUCAUCAUCUUCGGAUUCGGAUGAAGACAUUGACGAGCUGCCUUUUAUCCCAAUGCCCCUCAACAUGGAAUUCUCAGGAUCUAGAAUGUCACUGACUGAAAUUGUAGGGGAUGAUGAAAUGGCAGGUAAACCAAACGGAAAUGCUGAGAGGCCUGCUUCGAUCCAUCUGAAGUCAGAGCCGAUGGAAGUGGAGACGUCAGAGAGAGAGGGUGGAGAUGCAGUCGCUAGGGGUAGAGCCAGAAAGAGGUCAACGCAAGAAGAUGAAAAAGGAUCGUCUGAUGAAGAACCAGCAGAACUGGCAAAAAGGGCAGAACAGGCCAAGAGACCAAUGCGCAGAGGUUCAAGCAUGGAGUCAGAUGAGCCAGAGGGAGCACGUCGCAGAGGAGAGUUGCGCAGAGGGAGCUCAGCUGACAGUGCCCUACAGCUCCACAUUAAACCAGAGGAGGGCACUGAAGAAAGCCCACCCACUGGAAGUAGAGUUCUACAAAAGUCAGUAUCUAUGGAGAUUCCAAGGAGGAGCCCAAGCCCAGGAGCUGCAAAGCUGAGCCAGGAAGACUAUGCCCUAAAAUUAGAACUGAUGAGGCAGAGACUUCUCAGGGGUGGCUCUGUUGACAACAAGAUGAGCGGAUUAAGAGGCCCAUUGCUGGAGACAUUAGGUAUGGGGGAUGAGAAGCGUUUUGUGAGGGGGUCUCGUCUAGGUAACCCUCCACUUGUCAGAGCAGCAUCCAGUGAGUCACCUAGAGAUGACACCCCAAAGACCAAGAUACUCCGCAAAAGUGCUUCCUUCAGCCAAGGUGAUUCAGAGCCCAUGCCAUUGCACAGACGGAUUGGAGCACCUCUAGAGAUCCCACUGGCACAAAUAGAGGAGAGGCGGCUGCAGCAAGCUAUUUCUAUGUCUGCUCUCACAGAGCCAGUCAAGGAUUCUCGCCCAGUCACUCCGAAAAUUCAUACGCCAGAACCAGAGAGACAUGAGCUGGAGAACAUUGAGGAAAAAGAGCCAGCAGUCUACAAGGACAGUAAAUCUGAAGAAGUCAUUGUUGAAUCAAAAACGAAUGCAGAUGAAGUCAGAAAUGUUGAUCAGAACUCUUGGGAGACUGAUGCACAAGAGAAGGGCCAGAGCAAGUUAGAGGAACCCAGUAAAAAGUCUGAAAAAGUUGCUGAAAUUAAGCUGAAGACCCCCGUAGCAGAGGAAACAAUCGAAGAAGAGGAAGAUAACGAAAGAGAGGAUAAAGAGCCAGAGAAAGAAAUGGAGCCUCCUGCUCCAGAGAUUGAGGUCAAAGAAGUUGAGGAUGAUGUAAAGGCAUCAACAAAAUCUCCAGAGAUCAUUUCCACCAGGUCAAUCAUGGUGACCCCAACAGCUGCCCCAGCUCCCAGCCCCCACAGUGUCGUCUCAACGAAUGUGACCCCAUCUCCCCCUGCACGUACAGUGCUCCCAGAUGGUAGAAUUUCUGCAUAUGCCAGUAUCAUGCAGACCAUCAUGGUACCAUCGGUCCAGGCAUCUAGUCAACCUGAUCCUGUUCCUGUCCCCACACAUUCACCAACGUCCACCCCAUCAUCAGUUCCAGUCUAUGCACCCAUUUCCAGACACAUCUCUGAACCAACACUUUUAUCAUCUUCUUCAUCCAAAUCAGAUCUUCACCAAACCACUGAACAUGCGGCAGUCUUUUCUCGGAUUGCCUCAACAGAACACCCUCCCAAAGAGCCAAGUCCUCCUAAGACUCCCACUCGUGCUUCCCUUAAGCGUGAGCCGUCUCCUGGAAGCAACAUCCAGGACCUUGCAUCUGAGGAGGUCUUUGAAGCUCGCUUCAAAAAACGCGAGUCCUCUCUCACUCGCAGUCUCAAACGUUUCUCUUUUCAGAAGACUGAAGAAAAGCCCACCACUGUUGCUCCUGAAACUGCAGAAGAUAUGUAUCGACCAGGGCCAAUUGGUGCUCCUUUAGAGUUUGUGCCAAGGAGGUUAGAGGAGAAGUCCAAAUCAGUUCAGGAUCUCCGUGAGGCAGAGAAGGACCCUGGAUUCAUGAGGAGACUCUCCAUGCGCUUGAAAAGAGCCCCAUCAGUGGAGAGGCAGGAGGAGAAGCUCAAAGAGGAGGAGGCACCAAGGCGACGCCUGUCCUGGGCACUAGGACGGAGGGGAUCCCAAGAAAAGAAAGAGAUUGAAAUGGUGAGGUUGGAUGGAGGUCCUGAGCCUCCCCCAGAGCCUGAGUCCAAAGCACCUUCGGAGUCACCUAUCCUUGCGAUACGCAAGAAGAUUGGCAGUACCAUGGCAAGCUUAUCCACAAGGAUUAGGAGCCACUCUGAGGAAAGGAAAGACGACAAUGAAGGCAAGAUGGAGCUCAAGAGGACACCUAUAUUCACCAAAAUACGCCGUUCCACCUCUGAAGGGGGCAGUCUGAAGAGGAUGGGUAUCCCACAGAACCAACUGGCUGACCAGUCAGGGAAAGGGACCUCAUCAGAAUCUCUGGAUUCCAUGUCAAGCAUCCAAUCAGAAUCAGCUUUUAAAGAUAUUGAGCGUAGAUCACGGUGGGACCGCUGGGGCUUGACAAGGGGAAAAAAAGACAAGACAGUUUCACAACCAGACAUACCAGCUUCCAUUGCUCGGGAAAAUGGCUCUCUCCGCUCUCGCCAGUACACACGUCUAACAUCUGAUUUCCCUCCUGUGUUCCAUAUCAAAUUGAGGGACCACGUUCUCCUGGAGGGAGAUCCUGUCACUCUCAGCUGCCUCCCUGCUGGCAGCCCUCACCCACACAUCUCAUGGAUGAAAGAUAAGAAACCACUUGUGAUUGACCCAAGGAUGAACAUGAUAUCCUGCCCUGAUGGGAGACAGCUGCUGAUGAUAAUGAAGACCACCAAGAAAGAUGCAGGCCUUUAUGAAUGUGUGGCUUCAAACGCCCUGGCCUCUGUCACCAGCUCAUGCGUUGUGUCCCUUGCUCGUCUGCCUAAUAGUCCUGGGACCCCUGAGGUUCCUCAGAAAUAUAAAAACACCGCCCUGGUUGUGUGGAGACCCUCAGACACCACGGCACCAUGCACCUACUCUCUGGAGAGGAAGAAGGAGGGUGAGACUAACUGGCUGAUAGUAGCCACAGGUGUGGCUGACUGUUACUACAACGUCAUGGACCUUCCAACUGGUGCCACAUACAGGUUCAGAGUUGCCUGUGUGAACAAGGCUGGCCAGGGACCUUACAGCAACUUGUCUGAAAAAGUGGUCCUGGACUCAACAGCACCUCAAAAGUCCAGUGGAACAGUUGUUGUCAAAACGCUCUCGUCAGCUCCGGCUCCUGCACCAGCUGUGGUAACAUCUACCAUGUCUUUACCUGCAAUGAAGCCUGCUGCAGCAAAACUGACUCCUUCAGCGCCCUCUACAGCCCAGCCGGUACAGCCUGUGUCUCCUCCUGCGUCAGCUACUACACCUUCCCCCGCUGCCCUCCCCCCGAGCCAUCGUACUGCGCCUGAUGUCCCAACUCCACCCCUUGUUACUCCUACUCCUGCCAAAGCGAAGACCACUCUGAACAUCACUGUGUCCAAACCCUCCCCAGCUCCUCCUGCCAAACCCUCACCGCCUGUCGUUCUGCCCAAACCUCAGACUCCUGUCAGUGUGGUGUCUCCACCAUCUCAAACUCCUCCAAUGUCCCCACCUCCUCUACUGUCCCCUCCGCCCGCUAUCGGCAAGCCUAUCUCCUCAUUGCCCAUGUAUGCCCCGGCCGCCACCACAGCACAUGUGACCCCAGUCAUCCCGAACACGCCUUCUCCUGCCCUGUCACCACCCGUGGUGUUAGUUACAAGUCUGAGUCCCUUAGGGGAGGGUACUGGCACACCCAAUCGCAUGACCCCAAGUGGACGAGCCACUCCAUCUGGACGCAUCACUCCUACCGGGCGCAGGACCCCUAUAGGAAAACCGGGAGACUUGACCCUAAGGCAGGGUGUACCCCAAAAACCAUACACUUUCAUGGAUGAGAAAGCAAGAGGUCGUUUUGGCGUGAUCAGAGAGUGUCGGGAAAACGCCACCGGUAACCUGUACAUGGCCAAGAUUGUGCCGUAUGAGCCUGAGAGCAAGCAGGCCGUGUUACAGGAGUAUGACAUACUGAAGUCCCUCCACCACGAGAAGAUCAUGGCUCUGCAUGAGGCCUACGUCACCCCACGCUACCUGGUGCUCAUCUCCGAGUGCUGCUCAGGGAAAGAGCUGCUCUACAGUCUGAUUGACAGGUUCCGAUACUCAGAGGAUGAUGUGGUGGGAUACAUCGUACAGAUACUUCAGGGUCUGGACUAUCUGCACAGCCGGAGAAUCCUGCAUCUGGAUAUCAAACCAGAGAAUAUCAUUGUGACUUACAUGAAUGUGGUUAAGAUUAUUGAUUUUGGUAGUGCGCAGACCUUCAAUCCGCUGUUCCUGAAGCAGUUCAGCCCACCCAUUGGAACACUAGACUAUAUGUCCCCUGAGAUGUUGAAAGGAGAUGUGGUGGGUCCACCAGCUGACAUCUGGAGCAUUGGCAUAUUGACUUAUAUCAUGCUCAGUGGGAGACUGCCGUUUACAGAGAAUGACCCUGCUGAGACAGAGGCCAGAAUCCAGGCAGCCAAGUUUGACCUCAGUAAGCUCUACCAAAAUGUGUCCCAAAGUGCCUCUCUGUUCCUCAAAAAGAUCCUGUGCAGCUACCCUUGGGCCCGUCCUACCAUUAAGGACUGCUUUAACAACUCCUGGCUGCAGGACGCUUAUCUAAUGAGACUGCGGAGACAGACUCUCACAUUUACCACCACACGCCUCAAGGAGUUCCUGGAGCAGCAGCAGAAGGUCAGGGCAGAGGUGGUAACAAAGCACAAAGUCCUUCUGCGUUCCUACCAGAGCACUCCACAAUCCCCGUCCACCCCUGCAGCGCCCAUCUCUCAGUGAGCUCCACCACUGGACGUCCUCCAGAGAGAUGACAAGACGGCUCCUGGGUUCUCCAGGAUGAGGACAGAGAGAGACACAGCCUCAGGACAUCCCAGCCCUUGGUGGGCCGCUAAAUGUGCGGUGUGUGUACGCAGAUAAAGCACAGAAUCUUCAGAGUUUAUACCACCUGAAACACACACACACACACACACAUGUCCAAAAGCGUAAUGGAUUUCAGUGCAUUACCAUCCGUUAGCUGUGGCCAGCAUGCACAGUGCAGUUGUGUUUAUUGUUCAGGACGUCGUCCUUACUUUAAGCUCCUCCCGUCCUACACUUCUUUGCUAUGACUUUUUGACAAACCUAUUUUAGCAGGUCUCAGCAUUGCAUCUCUGGCUAGUAGUCAGGAACUAGGACCCAUCCUGGUUGAGAAGAGUGACUCAAUCAAGAAGACUAGUCCAUCACUCGACGCAAAAAAAAAAAAAAAAAAAAAUGUCAUGUUAAUGUGUAUUUUUGGUGGUGUCUUCCAAUUGUGAACCAGGGCCUUGAGAUUUGUGGAAAAUGGUGUAUAUCUUUUUUUUGAACUAGUUUUUAUGGCGUAAGUAAUACUUUUAUUACUGCCAGUUGUUAUAUCAGUAUAUAUGAAAACUAUAUCGACUGAAAUCAUGGUCUCAAACAAGAUGCUUUUACUAAUGUGAUCUAAUCUAAAGUGGAUUGACUUUAUUGUAAUAUUGAAAGGCCUCAGCUUUUGGGAGUGACAUUUUUGCAAGAAUUCCCAGUUCAUUAAAGCACACAUGUGGUUUGGUUUUCACUGACACUUUUGAUAUGUUGAAGUCUUUGCGUUCAACACCAGGAAUGUAUUAUAUAUCGCAGAUUUCAGUGCGUACGGUAGCAUACAGCAUGCAUCGGUACAAAUUCCUCUUCAUAGCGUAUCGGCAGCACCAUUGGUUUCCAGAGAAAACUCAGUCCUUGUGAAUGCAAGAGGAUGAACAAUCCAAAGUUGUUUAUGCAGAGAUCGGCUGAUUCGAGAUGUGCCUGGAAACUAGUGAUCUUGUAAUGCAUGAUCAGAAUGGAGAUGUCUCAGAGAAGUGCCAUUUUUUUUUUUUUUCCUGAGGGGACUAGAAUAUAUGUUAUCAAACAUACGUUAGCUGCUGCGUUGAAUGUUUAUGAGAAUCUAUAGUAUAUUAUUUUGAAUGUUUUUUGCUGAAAGAUUCGCUUAUGAGAGUAACUUUAUGGUUGAAUGAUUAUCACUAUCUUUGGUCAUUUGAAAAAUGUCUUGUUUUGAUCUAAAUCAUCUAUGAAUCUAAAGCAGAACAUGUUCAUGGAGAUUUGUCUAAAAAUAAUAUUCUUUUAUUUGAUUUACAUAGUUUGUAUUUUUUUGGAUUUAUUUUUUGAACAGUUUGCAUCCUGUUUGGUGAACAUAGUCACAGAAUCAGUGCUUGAUUUAUUUUUUAUUUGUUUUGUUUAGUUGUUAAUUUAUCUAAUGGAUGAGUGAGUGAUUCACAUCCACACACACACAAAAAAUCAUAUUCACAUUUACAGCAAACAAACCUACAACUUGUGAAACAAAGUGGAAUGAAAACAGCAUCAGGGUCCCACAUUCAUGAAAAAAAAAAUGAAUAUGAAUUUGAACAUUAGAAAAUGCUCUUUGUGGUAAAAUUUCCAUAAAGUAAUUUUAGAACUGCUUAUCCAGUGAUCACAGACAACAGGAAAAGGCAUGUAAAUCCAAAAGCUGUGGGAAAGCUGCAGUAAUGUUCUCAUUGUUUUUAGCGCAGUCCAUAUCGUGACAUCAUCUGUCCACACACAGCAAGUAAACACCCUUUGACCUUCUAUCACAUUGGAUUAUACAGUAAAUAGCUGUUUGCUUCGUUUUUAUUGCAGUACUAAUUCAGUGCAAAUUCUUUUGUUUUUCAUCACUUUGCAUAAAUGCUAACAUUGGGGUUUUUCUUCUAUCCAAUUUGUAUAUUAUUUGUUUUUGGGUUAUUCAAAUUGUUCAAGCUUCUAGUUUCAAAUAUAUUACGGUGCGAAAACUAAAACCCAAUAAAGAAUUCAGACUCA